AUGGAUUUGAUAAAACCACGAAAAGACGGCAGACCUCGUAAAAGGUGUGCCAAUUACUUUUUAAUCUACCGUAUUCAAUUUGCAGAAGCUUUACGGGCGAACGGGUGUACCACUCCAUUAAUGACGGAUAUUUCUACGAUGGCGGGUGACGCGUGGAAGGAGGAACCAGAAUUUGUUCGUCAGUAUUAUAAGAAUGUGGCUAAUGAGGUUAAGAAAUUACACGACGAUUUGGUCAGGAAAGCUGCCGAGUCCAAAUCAUUAGAAGUUCCCAAGAACGUUAUAGAAAAUUCCCACGAGGUGUCUCCUUCACAAGUAAAUUCGAUGUCAAAUUUCAUGCAAAUGCAACAAUCUUAUGUAAUUCCUCACGAUAUAAUUAAUGUUCCUGGUUAUGGGUAUCAACAGUUAAACUUUAUAAACGGGAACGCUUAUUCAAAUUAUAAUGACAUGUUCUUUCAAACUUUUGAUGGAUCAAACUUUGGAUUAGUUGAACCAGAAUCAAAUAAUUGUUACGAAUAUUUUUACAAAAAUUAA